UGCCUCCCAACUCUUUUCUCUAUAUCUUCUUUAGUUUUACAACCUUUUGUUGUCUUUUCUCGUCUUUUUUCUUCCAUCAUUAUCGCCGGGCUUAGAGAUUUUGUGUGCGCAUUUCUUUCUGCGUUUCAUGGGCGGGAAAUAAAGCACUGGAUGGGUCUUGGCUGGCGUUGUUGACGGGAUACUGUCGUCUUUUCUCUCUGCUCGUGCUCGCUCUGAGAAAAUAUGGCUACGUGGCCCAUGGCCUCUUGGCUGUUACUGUAUCCUAUUCUCUUUUCACCCCGUUUUCACUUUUUCUUCUACCACGACACCUACCGGGUGGAUGACAGCGGUGGUGUUGUACGGGGUGAGAUGAUGGAGAAGAAGGUAUACGGCGAGGCCAAGGGUCUAACAAUGGUGAAAUUCCCGGGAUGGGGAUGCCGGAGAACGUGAAGCAAAGCAGCCUUUGCCUGGAUGGUUGGGGAUGCGGAAGACUGUCGCUUAUAAGAAGGGGAUAGCUAUACCCGGAGCAGAUG